AUGAAUCGAUCUUGGGAAGAAAUAUUCAUGGACAACUGUGGACCCAACCAUCUUCAAUUGUUAUCAAUAGCGUCUGCUCUGGCACUUGCUCCAUUGUCACUCCUGUUCCUUUUGGCGGUUCGGGUAUUUUUCAGAAAGAGGAAGAUUUUUCACCCACUGUUCUCAUUCUGUUUCAUUGUCCUUCUUCUUCUCUAUUUCUUCUCCACGACAUUUCUUGCAAUUCGAAACAUCACCUUCACUUUCUACGGUGAUAACUAUGGACCAGUCGAAAGAACUGCAGAUGUUAUAAUCAGAAGUUCUGAACGAAUUUAUAUGGCUUUCAACUUUUUCAUCCCUCCCUUGAUCGCAAUUGGUAUCAUCGAGCGACUGUAUGCCACAUCGCUCUCCAGGUUUUAUGAGAACUCUAGACCAUGGCUGACACUUGGUUUCGGAUUGGUUUGUGCGACUAUCCUUGUUUACAUCGAGUUUUCGAAUCGCCACGCCAUAAUGGCGACAAUACCAACUAGAAACAUUCAAGCUCUAUUCGCUAUCACAUGUUCCGUUUCUCUAUUUCUUCUUCUCAUUGCAAAUCGUUCAAAAUCCAAAUCAGGAAGAGCCAAAUCUGCAUUAUCGGAGAGAUAUCAAGUCACUGAGAAUCUGAAAGCACUCCGGAUACAAAUUCCGAUUGUUUGUAUUGAUACGGCAGUCCAAGUCAUGUUUUUAUGCUCCGACGUGUUCUUAAAUACAGCGCAGGUGCUUAAUCUCAACUAUUGCUAUGACGACGACUAUUAUCUGAAAAAGUUUGCCACAUUUCGAUUGAUUGGAUUCACCCUCCAAUAUCUCAUUCCCUUCAUCGUCCUGUUCCACUUCAGCCAAUUUUGCUGCAACACAAUUCGUAGAAGACCAGUUAAAAGAUUGACACCAAUAUCUCCAUCUCCAGAAACCGUCCCAUCGAAUGUUGUCACAAUUCGUAAUGUUUUCGGAAUAACUCUGUCUGGAGAUGAUCAAGGGCCAGUUGGUCAGGAUGUUCAUUUUAGGAAUUUGUAUGCACAAUGGAACUAG